UAAAGAAUGGGAAGAUCACCAUGUUGUGAUAAAGAAGGGCUCAAGAAAGGGCCGUGGACGCCAGAGGAAGACACGAAGCUCGUUCGAUACAUCCAAAUCCAUGGCCCCGGUAACUGGAGAAUUCUCCCCAAGCACGCCGGGCUUGAGAGAUGUGGGAAGAGCUGCCGUCUGCGUUGGACAAACUAUUUGAGGCCUGAUAUCAAGAGAGGAAGGUUUUCUUUUGAGGAAGAGGAAUCUAUUAUUCAACUCCAUAGCCUUCUUGGAAACAAGUGGUCCGCGAUCGCGGCCCGUUUGCCUGGGAGGACGGAUAAUGAGAUCAAGAACUACUGGAACACUCACAUAAGAAAGAGGCUCCUGAGAAAUGGGAUUGACCCGGUCACCCAUGCGCCCCGGCUCGACCUACUAGAUCUAUCAUCGAUACUCAACUCACCUCACCUCAAUUUAUCGAACCUCCUUCGCCUCCAGACGCUCCUCAAUCCGCUGGCCCUAACCCUCCUAUCAUCCAAUGUUGAAAACCCUAAUAUCUUAUUGCAAAAGCUUCAAGAAAAUCAACUCUUGGAUUCGCACAAUCUCAACAAUCAAACCCCAACUUUCCAACCUUAUCAAUUUGAAAACCUAAUAAACCAACAAAAUCCAUCAAAUCUUGAAGAUUCUACACUUCCAAAUCCACCUCAAUCAGCCCAAAAUAACCUACGUCAACUACCUACUACUUCUCCUAGCACAAGUGACCAAGUCUUCCAAAAUUAUUACCCUACAAAUGAAAAUGGUUCUAAUUAUUUCUAUGGGGUUUCCGAUCAAAUGAAGGCGGUGGACUUGUCGGAGAAUUCAAGCUUCGAUUCGGUGAUGUCCACGCCAUCGGCCUCAACGUUCAUCAACGGGGGCACGGAAGAUGAGAAGGAAAGCUUUUGCAGUAAUUUGUUGAGGUUUGAGAUUCCAGAAAGUUUAGAUCAAUUAGAUUAUUUCAUGUAAAUUAAUAUAGUUGUGUUUGUGUAGUUAGAAUCUAAUGGACCCCUUUUCUCUUUUUUUGGUGAUUA